AUGUUGGUUCUUCAUCAUGCACCAUCUCCUGUAAUCCAUGAGGAAUUAGAUAGAUCGUUUGAUUACAUUGAUGUCUCGACAUCUUAUAUUCUCUCAUGGAAUGUCAACCAGGAUAUAGAUAUUGAAUGGAAUCUUAGCUCAGUUACUCCAAAUAUGAUGGAUUGGAUAGGCAUUUUCGAUCAGGAUACUUCUGCUCAGAUUUCCUUCUUAGAUAGUCGACAAAUCGGACUUGGCCUCUCUGGCUCUCUUAAAUGGUCUCCAAAUAUAGAAGUCUUAAACCACAGUAGCUUCUACUUUGCUUACAUCAACGGUUUAUCCGGUGUGGCUAUUACGCGCUCUGCGCCUGUCUCUGUUACGGGCCAAGGCCUCUUCUACGUUAAAAAUUUGAGUAUUCAUGGAGAAUCGAGAGAAAUCACAGAAGUUAAAUUCACUAUCGAUUAUCAUUCACAUAAGUGCUCUGUUAUAGAAAACGGAAACUUGAGGGAAUUCCAUCCUUUUUCGUUGCCAAUAGGAAAGAUUCCUUCAAAGCCUCUAAUCAUAGAAAUUGGAAAAACUCAACUUACAAUUCCAUUGCGAGACAUUACCACGCUUACCAGAAAUCUCAAUAUUUCUAUUCCAACUGGCCAUCAAAGCAGCUUCACUGUUGUUUUGGAAGUGGAAGUAAUGCCUUUUCUGCGAAGUCCUAAUUCAACCGCUGUCAGUCCUUCCAUCUCUGGGAGCUCCAUGAGCCAAGCCAGUACAUCCAGCUCCACAAGUAAUGAUAUCGUAAUAACGAGAGAAUCACCUGUCUUACCCAAUGGAUGGGAAGCCUGUAAAGAUGAGAAUGGGAGAAUUUUUUAUAUUGACCAUAAAACUAAGCGUACGACUUGGCGUCAUCCCACACUGCCAUCAACAGCGAAUUUAAACCCAGAGUCGAAGAGAUACUCUAUGGCACGGAGAACAAUUGGGCUUUCACCCCCACCUUUUUGUUCCUCUUCUGCCCAAUUAUUCCUCCAACGGGAUGACUUUAUUAGUUUACUACAUGAACAUCCUGUAGCAUUGGCCAUGUACAAUUCCUCACCUCUUCUGAAGCAUAUGAUACAUAGAAUACGAAAGUGUGGAGAUGUUUGCGAAAAGUUUGAAGGACAAAAAGAUUUCGUUCAAUUCGUGAAUCAUUUCGCUGAUACCACUCAACCGUUGCCACCUCACUGGCAAGCCUCUGGCAAAUCACCAACAACCUUGCUAGAUCCCCGUUUACCCACGACAUCGGCCAGUUCAGAUAGGCGACGCGGAAAAUCAGCACCUCCAAUUCGAAGGCAUCAGCUUGAUAACAAUGGAAACAUGUUGGAUAUCGUGAACAGAACGAAAGAAAUUGCUAGUGUGGUUGAAAAGCGAAUGCCUGAAUUGGCACCUAAGAUAAGGAAAAAGCUAAGGCUGAUAGAGAGACUCGGCCAUUUGGCUUUGAGUAGAAUGGCAAAUGAUGUUGAUUUGAUAAUGGCAAUUAGUAUUCUGGAAGCGGACGAUCCCGUCACGACAAGUGAAAUGGAAGAGAAGCUUAAUCAUUUCUAUACUUCACUACAUCGAAGUGGUUAUGGUAAAGGUCCCCAGAAAGUGAGAUUGAGAUUCAGUCGUCAGAAUCUAUUAAAGGAUGCAUUCGAACAAAUUCUAAAUAUUGAUUCGACCCUUCUGAAGAAAGCUCGCCUGUCUAUCACUUUUGAUGAUGAGGACGGAUUAGAUUAUGGAGGGCCAUCAAGGGAACUGUUUUUCCUUUUAUCUCGGGAGCUAUUUAACCCAUACUAUGGGUUAUUUGAGUAUGGAUCUGUUGAUCAUUACACUGUUCAAAUUAGUCCGAAUUCAAUGCUAGUUGAUAACGAUACGCAAUGGUUUGAACUAGCGGGUAGGGUAUUGGGGCUCGCUUUGCUUCAUAGAUGUCUUAUCGAUACGUUCUUCUCAUCAACUUUUUACAAAAUGCUUCUAGAAGUUCCAGUGACAUUACAAGAUAUGGAGCAUGUUGAUAAGGAGUUCUAUAGAAGUCUUCUAUGGAUACGUUCAAAUGCUGUUGAUGAAUCGUUAGAGCUAACGUUCACAUCAACGGAUAUUGUAAACAACAAAGUUGUUGAGCAUGAACUGCUACCUAAUGGGAAUGAGCUCAAAGUAAAUGACAGUAAUAAGGAAGAAUUUAUCUCUCUCAUGAUAAAGUGGAGGUUAGAAAGGGGAAUAGAAAGACAGAGCAAAGCUCUCCUACGAGGAUUACAUCAGAUUAUUGAUCGUGAUUUUCUACAUGUGUUUACACCUGACCUUCUUGAACUAGUCUUAUCUGGUACUGUGGAAAUAAACUUGGAUGACUGGCGUGCAAACACGGAAUACAGGGGAGGGUAUUACGACGAUCAUGUAGUAAUAGAGUGGUUCUGGUGUACGGUUGAGCAGAUGACAAAUGCUGAGAGACUUAAACUACUUCAGUUCGUAACCGGAACGUCGAGUGUCCCAUUCGAAGGUUUUUCCAUGCUAAGAGGAAGCAAUGGAUUGAAGAGAUUUACGAUAGAGAAAUGGGGAGAUGAGCUAAGUCUACCAAGAGCUCACACAUGCUUCAAUCGUCUGGACUUGCCUAGUUACCCUACCCGCCAUAUUAUGCGAAGCAAGCUGUACAUGGCAAUCAAUGAAGGAAUCAAUUAUGCAAUAGAGUGA